AUGGCCACCCCACGGCUCCUCAGGCCCUCCGCCCAAUGCCUCAAGACUCUCAAACACCCACAACGAUGCUACUCCGUCUCUCCAGCGACAACCUCACAACCAGCAACCUCACCCUUCAGUCCACGACACCUCCUCUCCAUUAGUGACCUCACACCUCAAGAACUCACCACACUCGUCCGAAAUGCCUCCAAGUACAAGACCAGCGUCAAAUCCGGGCAAAUCCCCACCCACCUCCAAAACAGCCUCCUCGCCAAAACCAUCGCCAUAAUGUUUACCAAACGAUCCACCCGAACCCGCGUCUCAAGCGAAGGAGCCGUCGCCCUGCUCGGCGGCCACCCAAUGUUCCUCGGGUCCCAAGACAUCCAACUCGGCGUCAACGAAUCCCUCUACGACACGAGCGUGGUCAUCUCCAGCAUGACCGGCGGCAUUGUCGCCCGCGUAAACGCCCACGACGACGUCGCCAACCUCGCGAAGCACAGCUCCGUCCCUGUCAUCAACGCCCUCAGCGAUCUCUACCACCCCCUCCAAACCAUCGCAGACUACCAAACCCUCCUCGAAGCCUUCCCCUCCUCCAGCGCAACGUCCACCCUCGGAUUAGAAGGUCUCAAAAUCGCCUGGGUCGGCGACGCCAACAACGUCCUCUUCGACCUCGCCAUCGGCGCCGCCAAACUCGGCGUUGAAAUCGCCGUAGCCACGCCCAAAGGCUACUCGAUCCCCCCCUUCAUGCGCGACAUCAUAACCUCCACCUCCCCCUCCUUCAAACUCACCGAAACCAACGUGCCGGAAGAAGCCGUCAAGAACGCCGACGUUCUCGUCACGGAUACGUGGGUGUCAAUGGGUCAAGAAGAGGAGUCGAAGAAGCGGAUGAAGGCUUUCGAGGGAUUCCAAGUCACGAAAGAGCUGGCGCAGAGGGGCGGCGCGAAGGAAGGGUGGAAGUUCAUGCAUUGUCUGCCACGGCAUCCGGAGGAGGUGACUGAUGAGGUGUUUUAUAGUCCGGCGAGUUUGGUGUUCCAGGAGGCGGAGAAUCGGCUGUGGGCGGCGACGAGUGCGUUUGAGGCUUUUUUUGUGAAUAAGGGCAGGAUUUGA